AUGUCUCAAUUGCAGAAAAGUGAUCGUGUUGAUGAAUUGAGUAACACUGUAGAUAAAGCUGUAAGUUUUCUUUAACAUUGAUGUUCUUUAAAAUUUUCCAGUUUUGUUUUGAUUAGUUAUGAAAAAUGUUUCGUUUUCAUUCAAAAUAUUACAAACAUAUGAUGACGAAGUACAUUGGUAGGCUGGCAUCAAAAACAGAUAGCCAAACCACAUUACACUAUUGAAGAAGAGAAGAGCAUCAAAGUUUCGCAAAUCAAUGGGCGGAUCUGUGUUGUUUCCUCCCUCAUUCUAUCCUUUCUUUUCUUUUAUUUUUAUCCUCAUUUUGCCCUUCUCUUCCUUCAUUUUCCCGAUCUGUUUUUAUUUAAUAAAAACAAUGAUUGUUCUUCUUAUCAUACAGAAAUAUUUUCAGAUGGCUGACGAAGCUGGAGAUGAUGCUCAGCGCAAAGCUGAGGAGCGCGAGCGCAAGAAGGCCGAAGUUCGCAAACGACUUGAAGAAGCCGGUAACAAGAAGAAGGCCAAGAAAGGUUUCUUGACACCAGAAAGAAAGAAGAAGCUUAGAGUGAGUGAUUUUGAAUUGAAACUCUUUUAGACAAUUUAUUUGUUUUCAGAAGCUUCUCAUGGUAAAAGCCGCUGAAGAUCUUAAGCGUCAACAAUUAUUGAAAGAACAAGAACGUCAAAAGGCUCUUGCUGAUAGAACCGUCCCAUUGCCAAAUGUUGAUUCCAUUGAUAAUCACGGUAUUUUAAGAUCUUCUAAAAAUAUAUCACACAUAUCAAAUUUCAGAUCAACUUUCCAAGAUCUACGGAGAGUUGUUUGAUCGUUUGUGUCAACUCGAAGAAGAGAAAUAUGAUAUCAACGCGUUUGUCACCAACACUGAAUCCGAAAUCAACUCAUUGACCAUUCAAGUCAAUGAUCUUCGCGGUAAAUUGUAAGUUUAUCAAAACGAAUUUUUUGUUUGAAUUUCCUUAACUCAAAAUUUUUAGCGUGAAACCAUCAUUGAAGAAGGUGUCGAAAUAUGACAACAAAUUCAAGAAGAGCGGAGAAGCCAAAUCUGGAGGUGAUUUCCGUGCCAAUCUUAAGAUCGUUAAGAAAGACGUCAUGGAAGAAAUCACCAAUGUUGUUAGUUUUUUUUUCCUUUUAAUUUCUCCGAGUGUGUUUUCUAAACAAUUUCAAAAUUGUUUCUUUCAGAAGAAGAAGGACGACAAGCCAGAAUGGUCCAAGAAAAACAAGGAGAAGGUAGCUGAACCAGAACCAGAGCGUGAAAUUGAAGUUGAACAACCAGAUGCGGCUGAACCAGAAGCUGGUAUGUUUCUAUUUAUUUUUGAUUGAUUUCUCCAUUUCACUAUGAUUUUCAGAAGAAGAAGGAGAAGAAGCUGGAGAGGAAGAAGAAGAGGAGGAAGAAUAA